AUGAUCGAUUUCCGUAUCCAAUCUCACGUGCUUAUUCGCAAAAUUUUGGAACGUUCAUCCGGUAAAUCUGGCAACAUCUUGUGUGACACAUCCCGUCGCUUUCGGGGCAGUCGACAGUUUCGAGAGUCUAUGCGUUGGUUGGACGGGGAUGCGGAAUACCAGGACGUGCAAUCCAGUUUGGCGUUUGGGGCAAUGGACGAGUCUACCGUGCACGUGGACGACGAUGGUGAUGAGGAUGGGACAGGGGGCGAUUUGGACGAUAUAGAUUCUCCAAUGCCGGUGCAAAAAGAAUUUAUGUUCACUGCGGACCGGUUACCUACCGCCCAACAGACUGUUUACUGUGUGUCAGAUAUUGACAUACCGGAAGUACGGGAAAUGAUUGCUAUGGAGCCCGAGCGUGAUACUUACGACCCGGUUGAAGGCUGGCUAAAACCGGGUAGUACCAAACGCAUUCGAUCACUGAUGACUCAGUAUUUACACAAAUGGUUGGAAGAGAACUGA